CCUCGGGAACUAUUUGUUUUUUUUUUUUUUAUAUAAAAAAAAGGGCAUGGCGAAGUCUUCAUUUUCGGCUCUGAUUUCUUGUUUGGUCCUCGUCGUUGCUCUUGCGACGGCCAUGGACAUGUCAAUCAUCGACUACGAUCUAAAACAGGGCCUUAGGACUGAGAGCGAUAUGCGGGCCAUGUACGAGGCCUGGCUGGUCAAACAUGCCAAGGCCUAUAAUGCCUUGGGAGAGAAGGAGGCGCGGUUCGAGAUUUUUAAGGAUAACCUGAGGUUCAUCGACGGGCACAACAAGAUGGAGAACCGGACGUAUAAGGUUGGAUUGAAUCGGUUUGCAGACCUGACCAACGAGGAGUACCGGUCCAUUUAUUUGGGCGGCAGGAUGGAGCGUAAGAACAGGCUUUCUCGGACCCAUAGUGACCGGUACGCGUACCAGGCCGGCGAGGAAUUGCCCGAGUCCGUGGAUUGGAGGGAGAAAGGGGCUGUUGUGGAGGUUAAGGAUCAAGGCCAAUGCGGGAGUUGCUGGGCAUUCUCGACCAUUGGUGCGGUUGAAGGGAUAAAUAAAAUUGUGACAGGUGACCUUAUCUCCUUGUCGGAGCAAGAAUUGGUGGACUGUGAUAAUGCGUAUAACCAAGGAUGCAAUGGAGGCCUCAUGGACUAUGCCUUCCAAUUUAUCAUUAACAAUGGUGGCAUUGAUACUGAAGAAGACUACCAAUACCGUGCUCGUGAUGGUGCUUGUGAUCCCAAUCGGAAAAAUGCCCGGGUUGUGACCAUUGAUGGGUAUGAAGAUGUUCCCCAAAAUGAUGAGAACUCCUUGAAGAAGGCUGUGGCAAAUCAACCAGUUAGCGUUGCCAUUGAAGCCGGUGGCAGAGCUUUCCAACUCUAUGAGUCGGGUGUCUUCACCGGGCUUUGUGGGACACAAUUAGAUCAUGGUGUGGUUGCUGUUGGAUAUGGUACAGAAAAUGGCAUUGAUUACUGGCUAGUCAGGAACUCUUGGGGUCCCAGGUGGGGGGAGGAUGGGUACAUCAAGAUGGAGCGUAAUGUAGCUAGCACCACUACUGGAAAGUGCGGGAUUGCUGUCGAGGCCUCCUAUCCCAUUAAAAAGGGUCAGAAUCCUCCUAACCCUGGUCCCUCUCCCCCAUCUCCUGCUAGUCCAGAAACCGUCUGUGAUGAUUACUACUCAUGCCCCACGGGAAGCACCUGCUGCUGUAUAUACGAGUACGGUAAAUUCUGCUUUGGAUGGGGAUGCUGUCCCUUGGAGUCUGCAACCUGCUGCAAUGACCAUUCCAGCUGCUGCCCUCAGGAUUAUCCCAUCUGCGAUCUUGAUGCUGGAACUUGCCGAAUGAGCAACGGCAAUCCAUUGGGAAUUAAAGCGUUCAAGCGAGCUCCUGCUAAAAGCACUCGGCCUCAGUAUAUUGCUGGCUGGAAGAUAAGCAGCAAUUGAGAAGCCUUGAGAUCAGACUGGGUCUGGAAGGACUGAGGAAACCCACAUGAUGAAGAAGCAAGACGCGUUUGACGACCCACUCAUUGCUAGGGGAGGUUGCUUGGAAGAAUUGCUUUGUUCUCACUAAACUACCAGUUCGUGUAGACUUCAAUUAAAAUGGGGAUGUAAAAUUUCAAUUUCCGUGAUUAUUGUAAAUACCUUUUAUUAUUUGCCCCAACAAAAACAAAUUAAUAGCUUUCUAUCAAAACCUAUUAGUUCAGUUUGGAUACCAAAA